AUGAGAAAUAGAAGAUCCCAAAGGACCGAAAAAAUCCAGCAACAAAAUAUUGAUACACGUGUGAGCAUGGCGCAAUUGCGUGAAGAACAAUCAAAAGAUACACGAGCUGAACGCAAUGAAGUAAUAAGAUUAGAACAACGACAAUCACGCCGUUUCACAGUCAAUAGACGCAGAACAAAUGACCAACAACGCCAACAGGUACAUCGAGCAUUUACAUCUGAUUCAUUCCUGCGUCUAGCAUUCCAGUAUGAGUCCGAAAUUGAAUAUUAUGCUCAUUCAAAAGUGGUAAUUGGUGCUAUAGACAAGGACACAUGA